UGUUGUGUGAGUCGUUGUCCAAAUUAAUGUAGGCCGGGCAUGAAACACUUUCAGAAAAGAAAAUAACGAAGAACUCAAACCUCCUCACUCUCUCUCUCGACAUAGACCUAAAACCAAAACCCGAAUCUCCUCACCUCACUCUCCCGACAGUGUCUCCCCAAAACCAAAACCUACACUUGAAGUCCAUCGGAUCCAAGACCUUUGUUCUACAGUCUACACCGACACCAAAUUCAUCGGAUCCAAAACCAAAUCAGUAGACCUCGCUCCUCUCUCCCUCUUAUCUUCUACACCUAUACCCCAAAUCCAUCUCUCCAACAACCAAAUCAGUUUCCACAUCAAACUAAUCUGAGAGGAGCCUCUCCGGCGUCAAAGAUGACGUCGUCACCGGCAGCCAAACUCCCUUGGCUUAAAUCGAGCCUUCACUUUCCAGCACCAAUGGUAAGAGGACCAAGAGGGAGGUCAUCGGGCUCAAAGUGGAGGGUCCGAAGAUCAGAAUUAGAGCUCUAGUCGACGGCGGAGGCGCUCAUGUGAAUACUGAAAAGAAAGACAAAGGUUGGUAGUGAAUCGAAUCCAUUCGAAGCAAAAGGGAUAGUGUGAUUGAUACCGAAAUAGAGAUGAGCCAACUUUCAUCUCUUAGCUUCCGGCCUUAUUAUGGCUCUCUCAGUUUCUCAGUUAAUCGGACUUCCUCUUUUUGUCGCUUCAACCUCCCCUUCCGAUGCCCCACUACUAGUGGAUUGCGAGGCAACUCUUUGACUGGAGCACUGUCCCCUGAUAUGUGUCAAUUAACUGGUCUGUGGUACUUUGAUGUUAGAGGCAAUAACCUGACUGGCCCGGCGUCUUGUAUCAGAUCACCAAAAUCAAUCUUUACAAGGAUGGUAGGCAUGGAAAGGCUUGGGGAGUCGUUCAUAAGGAAGGUAAUGGAAAUUCCGAGGGGUGGGCCUAGACGUCGUGGUGGGGGUGUAAGAGAAGGUAGAACUGGUGAUAGAAACAGGUUCCGUCCCAUAGAGGAGCUUUAUGAUGAUGAUGUAGAGUCUUCUAUCGGUGUGCAACCUACUCCGCCCAUGGGUGAAAUGGCUGACCCUGGUCGUCUGUUGAGAUUGGCUAGAGACAUUAAUCAUCUGGGAGCAGCCAAGUUUCAUGGAAGCAUGGAUUACAUGGUGGCUGAUCAAUGGGUCGAGGAUAUGGAGAAUUAUUUUGAGAUGAUGGACUGUAAUGAGAUCGAAAAGAGGAAGUUAGCCACUUUCAUGCUAAAGGGUGAGGCUAGGGUGUGGUGGAAUUGUAUGCAAAAGACCAUUGAUGUGACCACCCUGACUUGGGAUGGUUUUGUGAGACUAUUCCGAGAGAAGUACUUUCCAGCUUCAGUGAGAGAAAAAUUGGAACGGGAGUUCCUCUCACUAACACAAGGGAAGAUGACGGUGACAGAGUAUGAGGCAGAGUUCUCUAGGCUAUAUAGGUUUGUGAAAUCAAUGGAUGCUGAGGAUUUGGCCAAGAAGUUUCAGCGGGGGUUGAAUGCUUCCAUUGAGCGUGAUGUGGCCAUUUUGGAACUGAAGGUCAUGAAGGAAAUUCUAGCAAAGGCUCUGAUCAUUGAGCAGCAGAACUUGAUUCAUAAGGAGAAGGAAACAGCUGAGAGGGAUUUUCAGGGAAAGGGAAAGGCAGUGGCAGGUAACAGUGGAUCCAGAGACUUUAGGGGUGGAUCCUGGAAGAGACAAAAGACUCAGUUCCACCAUCAGGCCCCAGCUAGAGUAGCAGCAGCUCCUCUUCCUCCUAUUCGGUCCGUACCUGUCAGACAAGUUGCAGCUGCAGCGCCUGUGAGAUGUUAUAACUGCGAUGAGUUGGGUCAUCUCUCUAGGGCUUGCACUAAACCCAGGGCUAAGGGAUGCUUUCGUUGCGGACAGACUGGACACUUUGCCAAGGACUGUACUCGACCCCAUGUUGGAGGACGGGGUAAUCAGCAAAGGCUCUUACCUCCAGUACCAGCUAGAGUCUUUGCAAUCGGUCAGAGAGGCACUGGGGUGGAAGGUACCUUAUCUGUUUAUAACUAUCUUGCUAGAGUAUUGUUUGAUACGGGAGCCUCCCACUCUUUCAUAUCUAGUUCAGUAGUGGAUGUGUUGGGAUUGAUUGUCAUGCCCCUUACUAGAUCAUUAUGUGUUACAUCACCUCUGGGAUGA